CCGGGUGGUACGGUACAGCCGAUAUGCUCAUUCUCAUUCAUCUAGCACAUAAUUCUCGAACUUUUGCUGCUCCAGCUCCCUGGAUUAUCGCUCUGAUCUAGGCCUCGAGCUCCGAACUAAACUGAGAUUUACGUCAAGCCAAGGCGACAGUUUAUUGUCUAGCCAAAAAACGGUCGUAUUCGAGAUGAGUGGCCUCAGCAUAGUAUUUAAAAAAGUUGAAGGAGUAGGCCUACCACAGUUGUUAAAGUUAAUACUGCGGCCUCACGUUGUUCGGGCCCCCACGAUCAUGGCGAGGAGAGUGAUAACGUUACGAAGCUGCUUCUCCAGCUCUGCCUCUGCCCCUGGCAUUGGAAUUCGUCGUGAUUAUUUGACAUCUUCUGACAAUUUGCAGGAAAACCUUCAGUAUAGCAAACUAGUUUAUCCUGGAACUAGGAGUAGAAGGAAGAUAUCAACCAGCUUCAAUCCACUCAAGGUAGAACUCAAGGAAGAGCAGAAUGGAGAAAGGCUCAUAUACAACGGACCCCUCACCAAAAUGGUCUGCCUUGUCAAAUUUUUCUCCUUGUCAACGAGCAUCGUCAGUACUGGAUUGAUUACUACACUUGUCCUUUCUAAUGAGGUUGGUGCGAUGACCUAUAUAGCAGGUGGUAUUUCGUCAUUAAUGAUCUUCACACCCAUCAUCCUGCAUUGGUUCACCAAAGGAUACGUAGCUAAGAUGUACCACAACCACACAUCCCAGACUUACACUGCGUGCACAUUCAAUUUCUUUCUGAGAGACGUGAAGACGGAGUUCCAACAGAGUGAUGUAAGCCUACCCGCAGUCACGAACGCGAUCUCAUCCUUCUCCAUCCGUGACAAAGCAGUGUUGGUUGAUCCUCGUGGUUUCAUCAACCCAAACCAUUACUCUCAUUUGAUGGGAUAUACAGACACUGAUGGCAAUGUCAACUUUGAAAAGCAAUCAAACUCGGAAGAAUUAAGAUGAAAACUAUCACUGCAUAUAGACUUGCAUGACAAGAGAUGUAAUUUUUAUUUCGCAUGAAUAUUGGGAAUGCGAUACUGUAGGAAGUGCUUUUCCCAAUAGCACUAUCAUCAACCUUGAAGGGUAUGCCUGACCCAUUUGCAAGUUGAAUCAAAUGAAUAGAGAAAAAUUAAACAAACAAAACGAUGAAAGUUUCAUACUUUCAUCAAAAUCAAACAAAAGAUAAGAAUGUUAUGACAAUUUUUUGUUUUGUUUGUUUAAUUUUUCUGUAUUUGUUCAAAUGGGCUGGACCUGCCCUUUAAUAAAUAAAUUCAAUUACAUAUAUAACUUGAUCACAAGGGUUAUUGAUCAUCAAAGAUCCUGUGAGUGGAGUGAAGAGUGCCCUGACCACAAGUCAGCUUCAAUAAAUGUAGAAAAGCAGGAAUAAUAAUAAUAAUAUCAGGAAAAAAUCAUAUCAUAUCGAUGUAGAGAUGUUGUGGUCUAUAAGGAUACGUCAUCGGAAUGUAGAUCAUGUGGUUCGCAGUUCGAGUCCCACUAUGGUACUAAUGUCCUUUGGCAAGAAACUUAUCUAAAUUUGCCACUCUCAACCCAGGUGUUGAAUGGGUAACCGGUAGAAUCCGAAAGUUAAUGUGGUUAGAUCUGCAUUUACGUGCUUGUUAAAUGGUGCCUGGCUGAAUAAUCCCCAGGGAGUGGAGGGUGUGCUCUAUCAUGUGCGGAUUAGCGAUUGGAUCCAAUGACUUAGGCAAUUACUAAUUGUAAAGCACUUAGAAACGUAGUACAGUAUGUGUAUGAAAGAAAACAUCCCAAGAAAUAUCUCAAGUUGUUCUAAGAGAUUUAUUAUAUUCUUGCCCAUUAAUCUGCAAGAUUCCCCACCAAAGUGUAUAACAGAGGUACAUGUAUUAAGCAAAAUACUCUAAGCAUACUGUACAGUUAGUUUAUCAGCACGACAUGGUCAACCCAUUUUCUUGAUAACAUGAUGUACUUUGCCAAGUCAAGUAAAUGUAAUCAACUUUAUGAGUGCUCUCUUCCCACGUGUGUGUGGGUGAUGAAAUAUUUCGUUCACAUGCUAUUAUAUUUUGUUAGGUACAACAAUUGUCUAAACGCGAAUUGAAUGAAUAAAUGUACGUGUUGCCCUUCCGGGUGAACGUUUUUGCAUAAAUGCAA